UUUUUUUUUAAGGUUGCGGGGGGCUCCGCCUGGGUCUGGGGCGCGAAGGGGGCGGGGUGUGAGCAGAAAGUGUGAGUGAGCGAGUGGAGGGGCGGGGUAUGUGUGUGAGUGUGUGAAGUGUGAGCCGACCUGAUGGGACUUGCACGGGCUCAGCCGGCGCUCGGGCCCGGCCCUGGGGACAGGGCGGGCUGGGGGCGCCCCAGAGUCCACGAGGAGUCCGGGCCCGCGUGCAGGCGGACGGGUGACCGUGCAGGGCACCCCCCCCGGGGGGGCCGCAACGCUACCUGGGACUGUCGCCGGAGCCAAACAACUGGGAAGGGGGGGGACACGACAGGGGGGUGCCGGGAGCGGAGAUCCGAGUGAAUUAGAAAAAAGUGGCUACUCCCCCUCCCUCUCUUCUUGCCCGCCCCCACCCCACCCCCACCCCAACACAUUUUUUCCCCCUCUAAAGAGAUCACAAGGAAGUCUUGGUUUAAAAAGAAACAGAAACAUACACGGGGGUUGGUGAAUGGUGCCGACCGCGGCCAUCGCAGUUGGAGGCUAUUUUUUGGGGGGGUGAGUAGCGUCCAUGGAGUUACUUUGCGCCCACUCCUAGUGGCACCAGCUCUGGACUGGAGGGCUGACCAUCUUCCCAGCAGGGGUGCGGGGCUUGGGGGACGCUGCGGCCCGGUCGCCUCCCUCGCCACGACCCCGGAUGGAUGCGCGCCCCCCGCCCUCCCGCGCCGGCCCCAGGAGCUCCUGGCUUCAGGAGCAUCCUUCCCGCGCCGGCCCCCGCCGCGGCGCGUAGCCGAGGGCAGCGCCCCUCGGGAGGGCACCGCGGAGCAAGAUGGAAGAGAAGAGACGAAAAUACUCCAUCAGCAGCGACAACUCUGAUACCACUGACGGUCACGUGACAUCCACAUCAGCAUCAAGAUGUUCCAAACUGCCCAGCAGUACCAAGUCGGGCUGGCCCCGGCAGAACGAAAAGAAGCCCUCAGAGGUUUUCCGGACAGACUUGAUCACAGCCAUGAAGAUCCCAGAUUCCUACCAGCUCAGCCCGGAUGACUACUACAUCCUGGCGGACCCAUGGCGACAAGAAUGGGAGAAAGGUGUGCAGGUACCUGCUGGAGCGGAGGCCAUUCCAGAGCCCGUGGUGAGGAUCCUCCCACCACUAAAAGGCCCCCCUACACUGAUGUCCCCAGAGAGCCCCACACUUGGUGAGGGUGCCCAUCCUGACUGGCCAGGAGGCAGCCGCUAUGACCUGGAUGAAAUUGAUGCAUACUGGUUGGAACUUCUCAACUCGGAGCUCAAGGAGAUGGAGAAACCCGAGCUGGACGAACUGACGUUGGAGCGUGUUCUGGAGGAACUAGAGACGUUGUGCCACCAGAAUAUGGCACAGGCCAUCGAGACACAGGAGGGGCUGGGCAUCGAGUACGAUGAGGACGUGGUCUGUGAUGUGUGCCGCUCCCCUGAAGGCGAGGAUGGGAACGAGAUGGUCUUCUGUGACAAAUGCAAUGUCUGUGUGCACCAGGCAUGCUACGGGAUCCUCAAGGUGCCUACGGGCAGCUGGCUGUGCCGGACCUGUGCCCUGGGAGUCCAGCCUAAGUGCCUGCUCUGCCCCAAGCGAGGAGGAGCCUUGAAGCCCACCAGAAGUGGGACCAAGUGGGUACACGUCAGCUGUGCCCUGUGGAUUCCUGAGGUCAGCAUUGGCUGUCCAGAGAAGAUGGAGCCCAUUACCAAGAUCUCACAUAUUCCCGCCAGCCGCUGGGCCCUGUCCUGCAGCCUCUGCAAGGAGUGCACGGGAACCUGCAUCCAGUGUUCCACGCCUUCCUGCCUCACAGCAUUCCACGUUACCUGCGCCUUCGACCGAGGCCUGGAAAUGCGGACUAUAUUAGCCGACAAUGACGAGGUCAAGUUCAAGUCACUUUGCCAGGAGCACAGUGAUGGGGGCCCUCGAAGUGAGCCUAGUUCUGAGCCUGUGGAGCCCAGCCAGGCCGUUGAGGAUCUGGAAAAGGUGACCCUACGCAAGCAGCGGCUGCAGCAGCUGGAAGAAAACUUCUAUGAGCUGGUGGAGCCAGCUGAGGUGGCUGAACGGCUAGACCUGGCUGAGGCACUGGUGGACUUCAUCUACCAGUACUGGAAGCUGAAGAGGAGAGCUAAUGCCAACCAGCCACUGCUGACGCCCAAGACUGACGAGGUGGACAACCUGGCCCAGCAGGAGCAGGAUGUCCUUUAUCGACGCCUGAAGCUUUUCACCCACCUGCGGCAGGACCUGGAGAGGGUGAGGAACCUGUGCUACAUGGUGACAAGGCGGGAGAGAACGAAGCACACCAUCUGUAAGCUUCAGGAGCAGAUAUUCCAUCUGCAGAUGAAACUCAUUGAGCAAGAUCUUUGCAGAGGUAGGCACAGCGCCCCCUGCUGGGAAGAGCCUUCUGGGAGGAGAUCAAAGGGCAAGAAGAAUGACUCAAAAAGGAAAGGCCGAGAGGGUCCCAAGGGCAGCAGCCCUGAGAAGAAAGAAAAAAUGAAGGCUGGGCCGGAGUCUGUGCUGGGGCAGCUGGGUCUGUCCACCUCGUUCCCCAUCGAUGGCACUUUCUUCAACAGCUGGUUGGCACAGUCUGUUCAGAUCACAGCCGAGGACAUGGCCAUGAGCGAGUGGUCUUUGAACAGUGGGCACCGGGAGGAUCCUGCUCCGGGUCUGCUGUCAGAGGAAUUGCUACAAGAUGAGGAAACACUGCUCAGCUUCAUGAGGGACCCCUCGCUACGACCCGGCGACCCUGCCAGGAAGGCCCGAGGCCGCACUCGCCUGCCUGCCAAGAAGAAACCACCCCCGCUGCAGGAUGGGCCCAGUGCACGGACCACUCCAGAAAAGCCAGCCAAGAAGGCCUGGGCCCAGGACGGCAAGGGCACGCAAGGACCACCCGCGAGGAAGCCACCACGGAGGACGUCUUCUCAUUUGCCGUCCAGCCCUGCAGCUGGGGACUGUCCUGUCCCAGCAACACUGGAAAGUCCUCCAACACUGGCCUCCGAGAUCCUGGACGAGACAGUCCCCGCGGCUUCCGACUUGAAUGUCCAAGUGCCUGGCCCUACAGUGAGCCCCAAACCCUUGGGCAGGCUCCGGCCACCCCGAGAGAUGAAGGUCAGUCGGAAAUCUCCGGGUGCUAGGUCUGAUGCUGGGACAGGACUGCCGUCUACGGUGGCCGAGAGGCCAAAGGUCAGCCUGCAUUUCGACACCGAGGCUGACGGCUACUUCUCUGAUGAGGAGAUGAGCGAUUCUGAUGUAGAGGCAGAGAACAGGGGGGUACAACGGGCUUCCAGGGAGGCAGGAGCAGAGGAGGUGGUUCGCAUGGGGGUGCUGGCCUCCUAACUCACCCAGGCCCUACUCUGGUCCCCUACAAGGCCUCAGCCCAACCACAACUGCCAUUUCCAACUGCUGAGUGUCUCAGACCCACCACUCUGUCGUGGUUUUAUUUUUAAUAUAGAGAGAGUUCUGAAUUCCACUCCGUUGUCUUUCCUCUGUGCUGGCCUAGGACAUUAGGGUUCCUCCCGUGGCCCUGGCUACAGGGACUAGACCAGGUUCUACGUGCCACCCCUGUCCCAGCCCAUGCAACAUCGCCGGGCUUCUGGCUUGAUGUAGACGAGGUGAGGGAGAGAGCUCAGGGCUCCUGCCCACUGCCAUUGGGUGACACAGACUGUCGUUUGGGCAUUAUUUUGUGGCAGAUGGGCCAUCUCGGGGCCCGCCCCGCCUCGUCUCCCCAAGAUUGCAUUGGGGUCCAUUUUGGGUGGGUGGGUGGGGGUGUCCUGCUGCACUCCACUGAUCCCUAAGGAAGUAUAACAAAUGAUACCCAGCCAGUCUAUUCACUGUCACAAGCACAACGAGUUUCUAUGAGAAAGCACUGAGGGGGUGCAGGGGGCCCGCUGGCUCCUGAAUAGCUCACAACAUCUGAGGCCCGCCCACCUGCCCGAAACCCCCCUCCCUUGCUGCUCUGUCCCUGCCAGUGUCCAGCGUAAGCAGCUCUGGGAAAGGUUCCCAGAAACCUUUCUGAGCUGUGUUCUUUACUCAGGGGACUCCCCAAACGGUCCUCCCCCUGUACAGGUGGAGGGCUCCAAGGGAGGGCCAGUGCCCAGCCCGGGACUUGGGGCUCAGAUCAGCCCACUGCAGAGAAUCACUCUGGGGCUUUAACUUCCUUUCUUCCUUUGGGGCCAGUCUUGGCCACAGUCUUGCUGUCUCCAUAUAGAGCCGGCCAGACCAGACCGUUUGCCUUUUGAAGUUUCCUGAUCCUGCUAAGAGAUGAGCUUCCUCAAUGGUUUCCUUCUGGAAACAUCCUUCCAACAAGUGUAGUGGGAUCCCGGGGCCCAGGGCAGGCCACUGUUGGCCUGCUGGGGCUGGUUGAAUUGUUGCUGGAUCUUCCUGUAUUCCCUUGUCCCUUAACGCCUUAACCCCCCUUUCCCUCCCUACUGUACCCCCCUCUUCCUUCUCCUCUUCAAAUCCCCCCUUCCUCCAAGCCCCCAGGUAGUUCUGAAGAGUUUUGAUGGAGUGGCCCCAGGGUGAUAGAUAGCUCAGGGAACAAAGGAAUUCCGUGAAAACAUUUUUUUUUUUCUUUUAUGAAUUACUCUUGGGUCACUUCCGCCACUGGUAAAGCCAGAACUUCUCCAAACAGAACCUUGCAAAAGUCCAGUGAACCAGUCGAAUCAUUCUGAGAAUGCCAAAGAAUCUUUUGACCAUUAAUACACAGCACAGCCCGGACCUGAAACUGUCGACUUGAACUCCCUUCUCAAAGGAAUUGGUUAGCAACGAAGUUCAGAUACUUGGUUACGGCGUACACACCUACAGAGAAACACACCUACAGAGAAGAGCCCAAGGCCUCGGAGGAGCUGCACUGCUGUUGCUGCUGCUAGCGCCGCCGCCGCCGCUGCUGCUGUUGUUGGUUUACGGUCCCUGGGCUGAGCCGCUGUGAGUGUGGUCCUAAACUUUGAGGACUCCCUCCCCCUUCUGAGGGGGUGGGAGAAUCCUGACUGUGAAUCCAGCGUGGUUCCCCCAUCGCCACCACAUAGAUACGCAAAGAGCAAAUACACGGGACCUUCACCCACCUCGACUCCAAAAUUAUCAAGGUACGACAGUGAGUUUUGAGCAAAAUCAGAAACCAAGACAAUGACUUCAGUUUGGGGAUUGGACAAACAUGUCUUAUCCAAAUGGACUCUGAGGGCGUGGGGUGGGUGGGCUCCAAGGAUCCUGGGCAUCCGGAUGGCAUCAGCUACCACAUAGACUUAGUCUGCCUUCCCGUCUUGGUAGUAUUGACUGCUCAGUGUCGGCGUCGGUGUCCCCACCUGUCUCUUGUUUACUGCCUUCGAACAGACCUUCCUUACCCUUGUGCUUUGGGUCACUUCGGGUCUCAAUCUCAUCUGCUGGACUGCCUGGUGGUCUGACCUGCGGGACACGAAGGGCAUGGGGGCUUAAAGAACCACCAAAUGCUGCAGGGCAAGGAAGGGGAUGUCCUGACCGCUCUGUCCCACCAGGCUCUGUGCCACAGAAGCCCAGUUGUCUGUGAUAAUGGCUGGUUAGCAGACCCCUUCACUAGGCCAAGCCCUAAGGCAGUCUUCAUCCGGCAGCUCUCCACCUGUGAAAUGUCCAUCAGGCCACGGGGAGGAUGAGGAUGUCCCACAGCCCCUCUUUAGUUCCUCCCAGGCCUCACUGUCUACGGUGUAGAUGGCUUUGCCACAAAUACGACCAAGGCACUUUUUUCCAGGCCAGAGGCAAUGCCCACUCUUGCCCUCAUCCACUACCCCUCCUUAGGGAGGGAGAAAGGACUCUGUGACUCGUUCUGGCUAAUGUACCCCUUCCACCUCAUUUCCUCAUCACAGGCUAAUGUGCAAGGAAAGUAUUUUUCUGUAUCAUAAGUGUAUUUUGAAACAAGUAAAGAAAAGAAAGAUAGAAUGCUCGUUUACUUUAUUAAAUGGGCUCUGACUUUGCGAAUGGCAUGAGAGUGAGUCUUUGCAAUGUAAGGGCCUCAGGUUUGUUGGAGAAGCCAGCCACCCAGGUUCCUGGGCAGAGGUAUUGGAGAGAGGGAGAGUGAGUGAGUGAGUGAGUGUGUGUGUGUGUGUGUGCAUAUGUGUGUGUGUACAUAAUGUGUAUGUGUGUGUGCAUGUGUGUGUGCAUGUGUGUGCGUGCGUGCAUGAAUAUGCAUGUGCGUGCGUGCAUGAAUAUGCAUGUGCGCAUGCAUAUGUGUGUGCGCGCGUGCGCGUGUGUGUGCAUAUGUGUGUGCAUGCGCGCGCGCGUGUGUGUGUGUGUGUGUGUGUGUGUGUGUGUGUGUGUGUGUGUGUGUGUGUCAGAGUGCUGUGCAGAUGUAUGUGCAGUGCAUGGAUACCCUAUGGGACUUGCUGGGUUUUUUGGAGACUCAACUGCCUGAUUCUACAGGAACAUUGGCAGCAGGUUAGACUUUGGGUUUCCUCACCAUUGCCACAUAAGGUCAACCUGUGCCCAUGCCUGAAGCUCUGCGUAACAAUAUGUGAUCUCUGUAGUAAGGUCCUUGAGGAGGCUACUCUCCCGUGCCCUUGGCCCAGCUGGCCACAUUGGCCGAGGAGCCAGAGGUGUUGGAGUCGGGGGACCUUUGGUCGUUCUUUAAGCCACUUCCUGCCGCCUUCUCUCAAGGAUGCACGCUUGUGCUCCAUCCAAAUCGAUUGGGGGUGGCGGUGGGGAGGGUCCUAUGAAUGUCACAGGAGGAGAUACCUUCUGUCUUUGUUUCAAAGAAAGUGAUGUGCCAUUUGUUAAUAUACAAGAGAAAUAUUGAAAAUAUAUUGAAAAGAGCAAUUUUAAAUUAUUUUUGGCUUAUGUUGCAAUAUUUAUUUUCUUGUAUUAGAGAAGAUUUCUUUGUAGAGAAAAAAAUGUAUUUUUCAUUACCGCAAAGACCUAUUUCUCCUUUUUGUACAUUGUCCUCGUUCGCGACCCUUAACGAGCAAUAGAAUGUUCGGUCACCCCGCGUGGCCAGUGCCCACUGUGCCCUGCAUGACUGUGUUGUUGCUGCUGCUGCUGCUGCAUAGUUUCCGGCCCUGUCCUGUCCUGCUCACUCACAAGGGCAUCUGGAUCGCAGCCCCCACCAGGGUCUGUGUCUAAGGAGCCCACAGCACUCCUCGUGUGUUGGCAAAUUCAGUUAAUAAAGCAAUGUUUUCUGUGCUGGC